UGGCGUGAGACUCCCUCCAAAUGCGGGAGGGUUGACAGCCCCGAUUUUGAUGAGAUUUUCAGUACUGUGCUCUUUAGAAUAUAAGGAUUAAGAUGAGAUCAAGCAUUAAGAUUAAUAUGACAGAAAGUAUCGUUUCAAGUGAAAUGUUAGGAAUAUAUAGCUCCCCAUCAUACUACUCAACCAGGAUCUGGACGUAGAGGCAUCCCAACUUGCAUCCAGAAGAUGAACUUAAGUAUUAAUAAUGGAUAGCAAAUCGUCCUCUGAGUCCUACGAGUUUUCAACUCCUACAUCAGUUACAUUAGUUACCAAUGCAGCCAGUUUGAAAUUUCCUCAUGUAUAUAGUAACUACAACUUUAAUAAUUCAUAUCUAGAUUAAUUCUUAUUGUUUGUCUGUCUUUGUUCAAACUUUCGCCAAUCUGCUUCUCUAAUUUUUUAACUAUAUUUCAGAGCAAUUUGGUAUUAAGGUUGGAUUUUCGUUUAAACCUAUGACAUGUACAUUGUAGGUCUACAUGUUUGUGAGUUAUGGAGGAGCUAUACCUAUGACACUUUGACACUAUGACCAUACCUAUCUGCUAUGCACAUGUACUUGUGCCAACUGACCCAAUCUUGUAAUUUUUUCUUUCACAGGUCAAUAUUGUCAAACUAGAUAUAUUUGCCAAUUAUCUAAAUGGAUCGGACAGCUUAUGUGUCACAUCUGGGUCAUGUCAUUAAAUUUGAUCUGCUUCCUGGCCCUUCGCAGCCCACCAAUUACAGCGCAGACUCCGUAUUCAGUGCAAGUGAGAGACAGACGUUUGAACUUCAAGCAAAGUCUUUUAAAUUUUCUUUAGAGAGGAGGUCUUUUGAAGAGGAGACGCAGAGCAAAACUCAUGCACUGAGGCAUGACUGUGCUGAUGGUAGAAUUGUGUUGGCACAAUGCAUUAGAGAAAGCCACACAGGCGUGAUCUUUCCAUGCGUACUGGUCCAAAGCAGGGUAUCAGCUAAAGAUUUGAUCUCUUCACUUUUCUUUUAUGUACCGUCCAGUAACAAGAUCUUUUUAUAUGGGGAGUUCACUUCUGAACAGGCCAUUCCCAAAGACAAUGUGCAUUUAACUGAUGGGCCAGCUGCGUGUUGGAGGGUUGAUGAAAUGAAUCAAUUUUUUAUUGCCAAGAGAGAUGCAGAAAAUGGAAAAUUCAGAGUGCAUUGGUUUGUAGAUGUGAUUGACGCUAAAGCCAGUAGCAUCAUGUACUGCUCAAUGCAACCUGAUAAUGAUCUACAUAUCAUUACUACCUCCAAGAUUAAAGUGUGUGCUGGUGAUGACAGCAUAGGAUGGAUGAGUUUGAUAUGGAACCCAAAGGACAGUUGCCAUUUGACCGAUUCGAAAUGUUUUGUGCCAGGGGUCUAUGCUUCAAUAGCUUGCUGCAUGCUCUUAGAGAUUACUGAGCAAGAGAAUGUACACAUAUCACUUGAUGAACCAGAGUGCUGUGGAGAGCGCCUGCCUCUAAAACAGUCCUCAACAGUUUCGCCAUUGAAGAACACGGCCUAUGUAGCAACAUCCAUGAAACAGCUCUUGAAAUUCAAGAAUGGUGUAUUCUGCAAACUUGCCAGCAUCCCAUUUGAUGAUGCGGUUGAUAUCGUUUCCAUGGAAACAAGAGGAGAGAAGAUGCUUGCUGUAAGGUCUAGAGGAGGUGAAGUCUGUGUUAUUAGUUGUACAUCCUUUCAGGUCAUUCAGGAAUGCAAGAAUGUCAUGUGUCUUUUGGUUGAUAAUAUCCUUGGCAAUGGUAGAGACCAACUACUGCUUCUCUUGAACUCCAGUAAAGACCCUCCUAAACCAUUCCCAGAGUUCAUCCUCACUGACCUAGAUCUGUGCCACAUCACAAGCAGUGACCAGCUACAGCAUGAUGGGAGAGGUCAGAGGUCGGAUGAUGGACAGUCUGCCCCGACCCCGAGGAGCCUCAUCACAGCAAUGCAAGCUUUGGAAGCUAAAGUGGAGAAUGGUCUGACAUCACUGAGGGAGCAGGAGCGGAGCAAGAGGCUCAAGGACCGCAUCAUAUCACAGUCAGUGGAGAACCUAGCUCAGAUGGCCAACGGUAUGUCCAGUCCAAUUCAGAGACAGCCAACUCUUGUCCACCUGUGUGGGACAACCCCUAGUAACCCAUCGCUUGCUCCUACAUCAGGGAGUGACACAGGUGGCAGGUUAAAGGUCACUGGAGGAUGGCAGAGGAUUGUCAAUAAGAAGUGGGUCAUUGGAUUCAAGGUCACAAAUGAGAACCAAUGGGCUGUAUCAGGUGUGAAGUUAUUGAUUUCGCCUUGGAAGACCAACUCGUCUCAAGAACCAGUUGGAUGUGAAGGCUGUAUCCAGCACUCGGUGUCCAGAGGUAUUACUGUGGACAGUGCUGAGACAGAGUCGCAAGAACCACAUCUGGCUCCACCAAGUAAAAGAACUAAGCUUCAAGACAUUGAGGCACCAGCAGCAAGGAACCAUGGAGCAACAUCCGCAUCGUCGUCAUCACCAACGUUUAGACUAGCAGGAAGUCUGUCAUCCCCCGCAUCACCUCUGAUGUCAGGAGGGAGCUGCGAUACUGUUGCUAUGACGACCAUACCAGAGUUCCUGGAUGGACCCGUUGCCUCUCGAUUGCUGGUUCUGCAGUGGACAAGCCACCGUGCAUUUCCUCAAGAAGCGCAAAGUGGGACCAAGAGGCCGAGGGUGAUGUCGGUGAUCUGUGGGUCUGUCCAUCUUGCUGCAGCUGAUGUUGUUGGGUCUAAACUGGAUGUGAGGUUACCAGCUGAUGUUGUGAGAUCCAAACUGGAUCUGAGGUUACCAGAAAUCCAUCCUACACUCAUCAAGCCACUACCACUUCACCUGAACCAGAAUCAAAAGGGAGUGCUAUCAAAAACAGACAAGCUGGCUAUGGAUGCAUCUCAGCUUUCCACCUCUAUCAGGGUCACAUCCAGAUACACCUCCUUGCAAAAUCUUCACAGCGUGCUCUUGUGCGAUAUGGGCUUCCAGGAGAUAGAAGGCAACACGUGUCUGUGUAAAUGUAACAGCGGUCUGCUGAGGGGAGCAAGGGUGUAUUUGGAAAAUGUCAGGAGCCACAGUGCCCAGCUGAGAGUGUGCACAAGAGACAAGAGAGAACUGAUGCUUUUCUUCCACACCCUAAAAUCCAGUCUUCCAGUCGAUGUCCAGUUUACCUCGGAUACCCCUAUUGAGCAAAUGGAAGAGGCCAUAAAACAGUGUGUCACAAGCAUGAACAAAGAACUUCAGCACAUGCAAAACAUAACUGAACUGGCCUGCUCCACUGUUGACAGAGGGAUGAAUCAACAAGAGAGGGAUGGGGAGGGGAGCGACGGUUCUCGAAUGGAAAUAGGAGAUGGAAGUGACAAUAGCAGUCAUGAACAAGAAAGAAUCAAGAGAUUGAGAGAGGAGUUCUUGAAGCAGCAGCAAAGCUCCAAGUCCAAGGAUUGUACAAUGGCGAGCAAUCAAGCAGAGUCCCUUAGGGUCAAACUCGUGGAACUCAGAGGAAAUACUGACACUGCUGUUACAGUACUCGGCAGAUGCAUCUGAUGACGAGUUUUUCAAAGAGACUCAACCUUGUUUUGAUCCUGUUGACCACUUGGUUACUCACAUACAUUGGUCCAUAUUUGUACACUAGACUAUUAAAGUAAGACAUGGCUCAGUCUGUUCCACUCAUAUAUGGAGCCCCCAAUUUUCAACCAAAUUUCCUCCUUUACAGAUUAAUGUAUUUUCAUAAUGGAAAAAAAAUGAAUCAAGUCACAAAAUGAAAAUGAGAAGCUGCUUUUAUAGUAGGACUUUUUAUUCAUUUAAUUGUAGUAUUGUAAUUUAAUGAACUGAAGAGGUUAAGGCUUACUGCUCAAAAAAUUACUAGAUUAACUGUACUCACAAUAGAAUUUAAAGCUAGACUGACUUUUUUUAUGAAUAGCCGACAAGAAAAUGUCUGUCAGAUAAACAUGUAUUGUAUUGUAUUUAUUAAACUUCAUUGAUGUACAUCAAUAUUCUGUUUAUAAACAUGUAAUGUAACAAAUAAAUAUUCUGUUUGGAAACAUAUAUAUAUCAUAUAAAUCAAUAAAUCAACAUGAAACAGCAUCCAUUCAGUAGGUUAUAAGGAAUUCAAUACAAGUGCAACCCUUGCAUUAUACUCUUCAAUGUGUCCCUAUGAGAAUAAAUUGCUUGUUAACACAUUCUUAUGAUGAGGCUAAUUUGUUUCUUGUAAAGCCAGCCAAAGAAAAAGUCAGUACUGGUUUUUCAGUUUUUCACUCUUUGAAAAAUAUGACUUUGCUAUAAAGACCAAGUAAAAAACUAGCCUUUCUUUCAUAAAAAAAGGAUAUUGAAGAUUGGUUGGGGGGGGGGGGGGAAUACUUGCAUUGUGUUAUUCUUUUCAUGAUGUUAAAAUGUGAAGUGACCAUGUACUUCUGAAUCAUAGGGUCCCUACUCCCUUUGGGGGGGGGGGACUUUCGUAAAAGUGAAGCACAGUGUUAUACCAGUAGUACUUAAAAACAAAAUUAUCUACGCUUUAUUCCAUGUGGUCGCCAAAGAGAAUAAAAUGAUAUUCAUAGAAGACACAUGUGUAAAGAUGUCUGAAAGGGAUGAAAAACAUGUAAUUUUUCAUUACCUAGCCGAACAGGGCUCAACAGUGCCCAUACCAGUUGGUAAUCAUCGUCUAAUAUGCUUUCAACAAAAUACUGCUUUCUUGGUUAAUUGGUUUGAACUCUGUCAUGAAUAGUAUUUUAUGUGAAUUGCAGCUUUGACUUUAUGAUAUAUAUUUUGUAUUAAAUUACAAGCAAACAAACAUA